CCUCCCGAGUCCUCCCUGACUGAACAGCUGGAAUGAGGAGUAGGGAGGGAAGCUAGGAUUGGCUUAGAGUCAGUAGCAGGGUGUGUCCAUGCAGCGCGGGUGAAGCUUUUACCUGUCUAGGUAAGUCAGGAGGAGGUCAAAGGAAGAAACCAGUAGGAGACACGGCCUGAGAGGCAAGCGGUCUCCAUCUCUGCCCUCUGGAAUAGAAGGGCGUUACUUUCUUGUCUUCAGACCCCAACCCAGAGAAGGCCCAGCUUGGGACAUUCUUCACUUCCAUUCACUUCCCCUCUGGGAGCCCCUUUCACCACCCCUGCGCCUUGCUUCAGGCGAUGCCCAAGAGGGAGCUUUGGCCAGCAGGGCUGUGCUCAGAACCUGUGACCCACAUCGGCAGCUGUGGCGACAUGAUGAGCACCACCUCCACCCACUCUGGAUCUAGUGACAGCAGCUACGACUUCCUGUCUGCUGAAGAAAAGGAGUGUCUGCUCUUCCUGGAGAAGACCAUUGGCUCCCUGGAGGUUGAAGCUGACAGUGGGCUCUCCACAGACGAGUCAGAGCCAGCCACCAGUCCUCGGAGUUUCCGAGCCCUACCCACCACCACCCAACAGGCUCCCCAAGGAAAGCCAGAGGCCACAGACAUUCAGCAGGUGCCAGUGCCAAAGAGAGCAGCCCAGUCCUCGUGUCCUCCUGAGUCUCACAGCCUGGGUCUCAGGUCUGGUUCCUAUAGCCUUCCCAGAAACCUUCAUCUUGGCAGAAGCCAGAACCUCAGGGAAAGCGCCACCCAGACUAAAAGCCCCAUCUCUGAAGCAUCUGAGGUAUUCUUAGAGGAGCCUGAGAAAGGACAAACCAGCCAGGGCGCUAAGGCUAAGACCAUCCAGCCACCAUUCCCAUCCCAGAAGGGUACCCUUGACCUGAACACAGUUCUUAUACCCCCGCCAGAAGCUUUUCAGGACAUUAGACCAAAGGAAAGUGGGGAAGAGAGCCCACCUAAAAAGCCAGGAGAACAGACACACACACCACAGGUCCACUCUCUGGAGAGAAGUCCACAUUCCCAGAAGAAAGUGGAAAUGUCUUCUGAAACCGUGUCCCAUAAAGCCACGGAGAAAGGCUGGACAGAGGGGCCGCAGCAACUACAGCAGCCUCCGGCCCAGUCAUCUCAGCCCACGAAAGCUGAAGAACCUUCUCUACCUUCAGGGGUCAAGCCAAACAUCCAGCAGACUCCUCUCACAACCUCAAAGGCCCGUAAGCUGCCACCUAAUAUAGUCCUGAAGAGCAGCCGAAGCAGUUUCCACAGCCAUCCCCAGAACUGGCUGUCAAAUCACACUGAAGCUACAGACCCUGUCUCUUCUUUGCAAGAACAAAGGAAAGCCCGCAGAGAGGCUCUGGAAAAGCUAGGACUGCCCCAGGACCAAGAUGAUCCCAGUCUGCUUGUAAAUAAACAUACCAGUACCCUCAAAGUCAGGGAGGCUCAGCCUCAGACCCCUUCCCAGGCCCGGGCUCCUGCUCGGCCAGCAUCUCCAGCUCUGGUCUUGGGAACUGCUUCUGCAGCAGGGAAAGUGUCCCCAAUGAAGGCUGUCGCUCCUAUGGACUCUCUCAGCAAGAGUUGGAUUCCUACCCAGGAAACCCCUCCAGGAAAGGUUGCAGAGGCCAAGUCUAUGCCCAUUCCUAUCCCUAAGGCCUCAAAGGAGAACAGUUCCCGAACACAGCCCAAGCCUGACCCACGGCUGACCCUCCAGGAAAGUAGCAUCCCUGGCCUGAGACAGAUGAACUUCAAGUCCAAUACUCUGGAGCGUUCAGGCGUAGGGCUGAGCAGCUAUCUCUCAGCAGCUGAGAAAAAAGACCCCAGCGGCCAAACCAGCACAUCUCUGGGAAAGAGCCCCUUCUUGGACAAGGUUUCACCCAGUGCCUUUCGUAAUUCCCGGCCCCGGCCUGCCUCCUUGGGCAUGGGAAAGGAUUUUGCAGGAAUCCAGGGGGGCAAGCUGGUUGGCCUGGAGCAGGACCAGUGCUCCCAGCAGCCAUCCUUCAAAGGACAGAGUUAUGACAAGCUUCCUCGACCCCCCUGUGUCAGUGUCAAGAUAUCCCCAAAGGGCAUUCCUGAUGGGCACAGGAGGGAGGCUCUGAAGAAGCUGGGGCUGCUGAAGGAGUAGCGUAGGCAUGGCAGAGCCCAUGCUAACCUGCCAGAAGAGACUGGCUCUACCUAGAGCCUUUGCAACCUCACAGCUCAGAGCUGGCUUCCUUCCUGUCUGAGGUGAAGAAGGAAGAGGCUUGAGGCCAAGGAGAUGUCUGUACUCAGGCAAUUGUGCUACUGAUUAGACUCACAGAAGGAGAGAGAGAGAGAGAGAGAGAGAGAGAGAGAGAGGUGGGGGGACUUGCAUAUCACUGACACUGUUUCUAUAGCAAAAGGAGUCACUGUUCAGAACUCUGCUCUUGGUUGAGAUUUUCCAAGUGCAAAGUUCAGCCUGUCCCAGUACUGAGUCGAGCAGAGUGGCCAAACCUGAGAAGCAAAGUCAAAGGACACAAAGGACGCAGAAGCAACUUAAAAAGAUGAAUUACACAGAGCACGAGACUAUGGUGGCAUGAAAUACAGGCUGAGUUUCUGCAGUAACUGGAGUGAGACUGGCUUGUAUUUGCUGUGCCCCUCUCUCAGGGCCUUCCAGACAUGUCCUGAGGCCAAGGGGAUUUGGUUUGGUGUCUUUACCCACUGCCUUCCCUAUCACUUCUUGCAGGCUAGGACAUAUGCCUGUCUCUAGAUCUCAAAGCCAUUGGAUAGCAGGGGGCCACUCCCAGGUCUGAGGAAACUGAAUAUAUGGCCACACACUCCUCCAUUUCUACCUGGAAGGAUUCUUGUUGUCAGCUUGAAGAAUACAUUAAUAAACUGUGCCAUGGCCCACAA